AAUGUAGCAAGUCUCACAGUAGCUCUUCUUGUCCAAGGCGUAGAAGGGCUGUCCUCGCAAGCGGGCAUGGCACGUGAUGCAGGUGAAGCACUCCACGUGGAACACUUGCUCCAUGGCGAUGCAGCCGCUGCCGUCGCCAACCACAUUGUCGCCGCAGCGGGCGCAGCGGCCUGAAAGGAGCCUGAGGCAAGGGGCUUGAGGUCAGCGCGGGGCACGUCGGUUCUCGUCCCUGCUGGUCGGGGUACGAGUAGGGAGCUGGUCUCACCUAACACAAGUGUCCGGGACACUUGUGUCUAUUUAUUCUUUGCCUUACACAACAUUAGGACAGCAAGAUGGAAGCGGCGGAAGGACCCAGAGUGUCCGGUGGCUACGUGAAGGAGUUCACGCGCCACUGCAACGACGUGCUGCUCAACCUCAACGAACUGCGGCGCCGUGGAAUCUUAACCGACGCCACCCUAGCGGUGGGUGACGUGCACCUCCAGGCGCACUCUGCAGUGCUGGUGGCCUGCAGCGGCUUCUUCUAUUCGCUCUACACGCGUCACAUGUUGCUCCAGAGUGGCGCCAGAGAGCAGUUCAUGACUGUGUCCCUCCCCAGCCACCUGGAGCCAAGCAGCGUCUCCCUCCUGCUGGACUUCAUGUACACCUCCCGUCUCCCACUGACGCCCGCCAUCGCCCCUGGCGUGCUGGCUGUGGCGGCCUACAUGCAGAUGGACCACGUGGCGGACACCUGCCGGAACUACAUGCAGCUGCACUGCAGGGAAGAUAUAAGCGUGAGACACCCCCAACUGGUGCUGGACCCCAGGGUGUCUGUAGCAUCUGUGGCCCCGAAAGGUGUAGACCCGUCUAAUCCUGGACCGCUAAAGUUCCCCCCAGCAGCAGAGAUGGUCAAGUUCCCGGGGGAGGCCAGGCAUCCGCUCAUGCCGGGGGCUUUCCCGAGCCGCAAGGCUGCCUGCGAAGAGAUGAAAAAUGAGCCUGAUUCGCCUGUUCCAGGUAUGCCGGUUCCGUCUCCGGACAGCCCUGCACGCUCCAGCUGCCAGCCCAGCUCACCGGCUGAGUCCAAAACCUGCAACAAAAACCUUGUGAGUGACACCAAAACCACACCGGACCCAAAGGCCUGCAACUGGAAGAAGUACAAGUACAUAGUCCUCAAUCCUCUCUGUGCUGGGAGCACCGUGAAGGAGGAGGCGGAGGAAAGCACCACCGUGAACCUGCAAGCCCCCACAGAGGCGUGGCCUGGAGAAGUGCCCGGUCAGAUUAAUAGACAGGGGCAGGCCUCCUGCUACGAGGGUUCUGGCCGAGCCCCUCCCCUCGGCCCAUGCGCCUCAGUGGAGGAUGGAACAGGUGCCACUCAUGAAGCCGUCAAAAGAGAGCGCUACUACACGCCUUAUGGUUACCAUAGCAACAAUGGAGGAACCAAAACCGUCCUGGCGGGUGAGAAGCCGUACCGGUGCACCGUGUGCAGCGCCCAGUUUAACCGGCCCGCCAACCUGAAGACCCACGCUCGUAUUCACUCUGGAGAGAAGCCGUACCGCUGCGACACCUGCGGAGCACACUUUGUUCAGGUUGCUCACCUCAGAGCGCACGUGCUGAUCCACACGGGGGAGAAGCCUUACCCCUGUCACACCUGCGGCACUCGCUUCCGACACUUGCAGACUCUCAAGAGCCACCUGCGCAUCCAUACGGGAGAAAAGCCAUACUCUUGCGAAAAGUGCGACCUCCACUUCCGGCACAAGAGCCAGCUCCGCCUUCACCUGCGACAGAAACACGGUGUCGUCACCAACACCAAGGUCCGCUACAAGGUCCUGACCGAGCCCUACCCUCCCGUUCUGCAGGCCUGCUGAAGCUUUCAAGCACGUUCUCCAAAAAUGAUAAUUGAUUAGGGAAAGGGUGCGCAAAGUGUGGCCCCAGGCAGCAUUUUUGGUUUGCAGCCCUGGGCACUUUCUAAAAAAUACAAUUAGUUCAUGAUUAAUGAGAUAUAUCAUUAGAUAUUACUCUAAUUUGCUUUGGCAACUAUAACAUAAAGCUAUGAUGUUUUCAUUCUGAUAUCUUACCGUAUAUUAGAGGUCUACACGGCUGGGCUUUUCCUUAGUAUAAAUUGUGUGAAAAAGAUGAUAUAAGGAAGGAUUAUGGAAAUUAUAGGUGACCUUUCAAGAAACAAAUGAGGCUAUCAAUAUUUUUUUUAUAUUAGUUUUCCAUAGACGUGGCCAUGUUCUUGAGAUUUCUUCAGCCCGCCCCGCCCCGUUAGCCGAGGAGUCCGGGCCAGCCGUGGGGCCAGCUGCUCUGUGUAGACCUCUACCGUAUAUUGACCUACAUUGGAUUACUUUUAGCAUUUUUAAGACACAAAAAGUGGCCCCCCAGAGUCUUACAAUUUCUCUCUAUGCUGCCCUGGACAGCCCUAAAUUAGGGGAAGCUAUUUUGGUGGUAGAUGAGCAUGUUUGUUGGAUUUGAAGUGAUGCCGAUGGUUCUAUAGGAAGUCGUUUGGCAUGUUUGUGAAGAGUUGUGAGGAGAGAAAGAGCAUUAGGAAGAGCAGAAAGAAAAGAGUAUGUGCAUAAAUGGCUGGAAGGAUGAAAAAGAGUUGGUUAAAAGCACUUAGUGAUGAUUUUUAUGCUCACAUUUAUAUUUAAGCGGCUUGAUGUGUGGGGGCCUGGUGCCUGCAUGCGUGUUUUGUAAACUCCUUUACAGUCCAAGCGGGCUAAGGACUUUUAAAGACAUACAACAAUACAACAUGUAGUCUAUAACACUAAGGAAUUUGGAUUUGCUGGCCAAAGAUGCUUUGUAUAAUUCGGAUUAAAUACUUUUGUUAAA